AUGGUUCGGAAAAGCUCUAAUUGGUCGUGGGUAUUUCGUAAACUGUUAAAUUUACGUAGUCAAUUGCGAAGAUUUUUAUUUACCCAGGUUGGUGAUGGCCGGGAUACAAAUGCUUGGGAGGAUAGUUGGCUUUCUUGUGGUCCUCUUUCGGCGUUUAUCUCUUAUCGGUUUAUCCAUGCUUGUGGUUUCUCAACUUUUACGACGGUUCAUGAUCUUCUGAUGAAUUGGAAUGGCGUUUGGCCGGAUGAGUGGAAUAGCCGGUUUGCUGAGCUGCAUUCCUCUCCGUUACCUUUAUUGAUUGAUUCAGUUCGUGAUAGAGUUCUUUGGGGUGAAGAUCGUACUUCUGCUUCGGAUUUCUCGGUGAGUAAUGCUUGGGCUUUGUUAGAGGGAUCUCACCCAGUUGUUCCUUGGCACAAAGCGGUUUGGUUUUCUGGACAUAUCCCUAAGCAUUCAUUCUGUUUAUGGCUCGCAUGUCAAAAGCGUCUUCCUACUCAAGAUCGUAUGAUUUGGAAGGAUGAGCCACCGGAUCUAAAAUGCUCUCUUUGUAAUCAGUGUAUGGAUAGCCAUUCCCACUUAUUUUUUCAGUGUCCUUAUGCUCGUGAAGUUUGGGAUAGUAUCUCGCAUAUUACAGAUCUGACGGAUAUCCCUCUUACGUGGGAUCUUAUUUUGGAAGCACUUUCAGAUUCUCGUCGUCGUCCGAAGCGGUUAAUGCAGAAGCUUGCGGUGGCAGCAUUUGUUUAUUAUAUUUGGUAG